AUGGGGAACGUAGUUCUAUAUUACUGUAGGGUUGUCCUAGCCGUUAUCGUUUUAUUGGUAUCUGCUCUUUACGGUACUAUUGCAUCUAUUGUUUGCACAAUAAUCGGGAAGCAACAUCUAUCUCAAUAUACUACCGCUAGAUUUUAUUAUAAUGCGAUGAAAUAUAUCAUGGGCAUUGAUGUUAAAGUUAUCGGAGAGGAGAAAUUGGAAAAUAAACCAUUUAUUGCAGUAUCUAACCACCAAUCUACUCUAGAUAUUUUAAUGCUAGGUAGAAUGUUCCCACCUGGUUGUACUGUUACUGCUAAGACCUCUUUGAAAUAUAUUCCUUUCUUAGGUUGGUUUAUGGCAUUAAGUGGUACCUAUUUCUUAAAUAGAUCAAACAGACAACAGAGCGUUGAUACUUUGAAUGACGGUUUAAGGACUAUUAAGGAAAAGAAAAGAGCUUUAUGGAUCUUUCCAGAAGGCACUAGAUCUUACUCUACUGAUUUAAAGAUCUUACCAUUUAAGAAAGGUGCUUUCCAUUUAGCUCAACAAGGUAAGAUUCCAAUCGUACCUGUUGUUGUUUCAAAUACUAGUACCCUUAUGAACUCCAAAUAUCACGUCUUCAAUAGAGGUGUAAUCACCGUUAAGGUAAUGGAUCCUAUUAGUACUGAAGAUUUGCAAAAGGAAGAUAUUGGUAAGUUCAGUGAAGAUCUAAGAGAUAAGAUGUUCGAAGAAUUGAAGGAAAUUGGUUACUCUAAAGCUAUCAAUGAAACUAGUGUUCCACCUGAAUCUGUUCUUUAUACCAAACAAAAGGAUAUUGAACGUUUAUCUUCUAGAGGUGAAGAUUCCGCUGUAUCAUCUGCCACUAACUUGUUGAGUCAGGCUGAUUGA